AUGGACAGCGUAAGCAAAGAUGCGAAAGAAAUGACUGAAGUAGGAGUCCAACACUCCAGCAUGGGGAGGGGGGAGCAGCGUGAGUACCCACCAGCUCUGGCACUCAUAGACAGCAGUGACCCACGCGCCUGGCUGGCUCCCGUGCAGCCUGGCACCUGCGCGGCACACGCCGAAUACCUGCUGCACUCGCCCGGCUCGAGCGUUGAAGGCGUGUCUCCAGCUUUAAGUCACAGCUCGGGCUUCAGAAAGAGCAGCAAGAGUCCUGUCAAAGUACGCGAAUUGUGUCGGCUCAAAGGGUCUGUUGGCCCCGACGAGGGUAGACAGCGAGCUCCGUCCAGCAAACCAACCAAUGUGGUGCAGAAGCAGAGGCGUAUGGCUGCUAAUGCGCGCGAGAGACGGCGAAUGCACGGACUGAACCAUGCUUUUGACGAGCUGCGCAGUGUCAUCCCGGCCUUCGACAAUGACAAAAAGCUCUCCAAAUACGAGACUCUGCAGAUGGCACAGAUCUACAUCAAUGCGCUUUCCGAUCUGCUUCAGAGCCCAGCGGCUAAAGUAGACUCGCCAAAUUGCAACCUGUUGUCUGCCAAUGUCUACGAGGGAGACAGGUCUCCCCAGGGAUCACCGACCUCCUGUCGAAGAGGCACAGGUCUCCCUGUGCAGCUUACGGGAAUGCCAUUUCCAUUCGAGGAUGGAACGUUCACUUCUUUCAUGGAUCAAGACAUGCAGUCUCCCACAGGAAUGAUGAAGUCCGGCUCGGAGAACAGCAAAGACUCACCUCGGUCGAACCGCAGCGACGGAGAGUUUUCACCGCAUUCACACUUCAGUGACUCAGACGAAACACACCUGGAUUUACAGAGCGAAGACGAACUCUCUGAAUUGAAACUGCGAAGCCACCACGCAUUUUAG